CCUCGACGUCACAUCCGGUUCAAAGAUGUCUGCGCACUGACAAAAGUCACAUUACUCCUGCUGCUGAAAACAUACAAUUAUUAACGUUAAUUACUUAAUAUAUACAGCGAUUACAAGGAGGCGACAUCUGGGAACAGUUUUGCUUUACUACGUUCAACAUCCACAAAGGAUAAUCCAGCCAACACCAUGGUUCAUUUAUCUUCACUCCUGCUAAAGCAGUACCACGGGGGCUACGUUGUCCUUCGGUUGGCUCUUGCAGGCCACAAACAAGCAAACAGACCCUUCUAUCGCAUUGUGGCAGCUUACAACAAACGGGCAAGAGACGGUAAAUAUCUGGAGCAGCUGGGGACCUACGACCCGCUCCCCAACAUCUACAACGAGAAACUCGUCAGCUUCAACUUUGACCGAGUCAAGUACUGGAUUGGCUGCGGCGCACACGCUACAAAGCCAGUGGCCAAACUUCUAGGGUUGGCAGGAUUUUUCCCUCUGCACCCAAUGACGAUAACAGAGGCAGAGCGUCGAAGAGCCCAAGCAGCGUUGACAGCAACAGCAUCAGAAACAGAAGAUGGUCUUCAGGAGGGAGAGAAGGAGGCGGAAGUGUGAUCAUUGAAGCUGGGGACUGUGUGUGACUGUCCAGUAUAAAGAUAAUGUCCCAGUUAUACGGAGAGAGAACUGAUUCGUUGCCUAACUUGCUGGGUGGACUGCUUGCAGCAACGUCAGCAGCAGCUAUGAACAAUUCAUAUGAAAACUGAUUAUUGAUCAAAUUCAGCAGGUUCAGGUUAAGUUGGAUACGAGUGGAUUGCCAUGACAAGCAGUUUGUAUUUACAGUUGUAUUUGACUUAAAUAAAGUCUUUCAAUAUUA